UUCUGGGUUGUUUCUUUCCAAAUCUUCUCUUCAAAAAUUUUAAAGGUUUUAUUGAAUUUAAUUGUUAGGGUUUGUGUGUGUAGAUGAUGGAAGAGAAACCCGUGAUUUCAAACGCAAAGAACACACAAGAAUUAGCAGAAGAGGGGUUGAAGUAUUUAGAGGACACAAUUGAAUCAGCAUUUCAGAUCCUUUCUUCCAUUAAUGAUGAGCUCUGUAACCCUGCAUUAUGGUCAACGACAUCUGCAACUCACUCUUCCAAUGGCAACAACAGUGAUGUUUCUGACUCAACACAUCAUGUUGAAACGGGAGGUGGAACCCUGGAAGAGGCUCGUCUUCGUUAUAAAUCUUCUGUGGCUUCUCUUCGAGAGGUUCUUUCGGCCAUUCCCAAUUCUCAAAAGGUGAAGGCAUGUGAGACAGAUUCCACCAUUGGAACCUCAGAAUCCCAAGAAGAUCAGGCUGAAAUUGAGAAACUUGAAAAGCAAGUGACCAAUUUAAGAAAGGAACUUACAGAUAAGAACAAGCAUCUCAAGCUCCUAAUCGAUCAGCUUCGAGAUCUUAUCACUGACAUUUCCAUGUGGCAAAGUCCUUGUUCUGUUUGAAUCUCCAAAUAGACAUGUAUAGAAUGAAAAGUGGUUACAAGCAUUGAAAAUCUGGUGGAUUUUGGUCAUAUUUUAUUGUCGUGUAGUCUCUCUCACGAAUUAAAACUAGUGUUGAAAGUGGGACUUGGAUCGAGUUACGGCCCUUUUCUUGGUCAAGUACUUGAAAUUUUAUAUAGCAAAUACUUGCUGAAAACAGAGGUGGGAGAAAGUUGUAGGUCUUCUAUGACUGUAACUAGAAUUUGGACCAAUCUGAUGUUUGCAAAAUUUGAUGCAAAAACAUGAUUCACCAUGGUUAUAUAAUUACAGGUACUAUUAAAUUCUUCUUUGGUUGCA